CUUUGUUCUCGACAAGCCCAUGUGAUGGUGUGCGCGUCGACCACCAUGAUCAAGAUGCCCAGAUUCUUAUCUCGAUCUAUAUUCUGACACGUAUCAAGUUCUCUGCUGAUUGGAGCGCUUUUACUCGUGUUUACGUGGCCAAAUCUACUCCAUUUGCCCAAUACGAGCAUGGACCGUGGUAGCGUCCAGCGAGAAGGUGGUGAUAUUCCUUAUGCCUAUUUCAGUCUGGCCUUAUUUUCCAUAACCUUAUUUAUAUUCGAAGACGAUCUUCUUCAGAUAACCCUACCAUCACUGCCUAGGGCUUCCGUGCCUUGUACCGUCUUCGUCACUCUUUGCUGCGGUUUUCUUGUCUGUUUCUCAUCGAGAUGGAUACAAGGUCUUUUGAUCCUCAUUACUCUCCACUGCCAUCCAUGCAUAAUAACCACAAAGGUCGCCAGUGCUCUCAUUCUCAGCAUCGGCCCCACAUUCCCAGCCCUAAGUGUCAAGUCUCGCUGCAAUGUGGUGGAGGAAAUUCAUCUGCCUCGCCAAUCAUCUCAACCCGGCAUUAUUCCCCGUGAGACUAGUACGUAGUGGACACGGCCAGAGCUCAACUCUUUCAGGAUUCCGCACCUGAAUUCUUGGCUGGCGGGUCCUCGUGUUCAUCACACCAUUGCACCGGCGACUCGGAUUGCUCUGGCUUCCGAUUCCCAGAAAAGCGAUAUUUGCCGAACGUGCAGAUCAUACCAUAGACGGCUAGAAGCCACGUUACACCUCGGUUCCAAGAGAACUCUGUCCAAAGCGAUCCUUAUUACUACAUUCAAGUC